AUGAAACUCAUCAAGCCACAAAUUAAAGGAGCUCUUCACACUUCUUGUAGUUACCACCUUCCUUCUAAAGAAGUGCAAUGGCAGCUGCUACAAUGGCUCUCUCUUCCCCUUCUUUCGCCGGAAAGGCAGUGAAGCUCUCGCCAUCCACCCCCGAAAUCACCGGAAACGCCAAGUUUAGCAUGAGGAAGAGCGCUGCUAAAACUGUUUCAUCCGGCAGCCCAUGGUACGGCCCAGACCGUGUUAAGUACUUGGGUCCAUUCUCCGGCGAGCCCCCAAGCUACCUCACCGGAGAGUUCCCCGGCGACUACGGAUGGGACACUGCUGGCCUCUCUGCUGACCCAGAGACCUUCGCCAAGAACCGUGAGCUGGAGGUGAUCCACUGCAGAUGGGCGAUGCUUGGAGCUCUUGGAUGCGUUUUCCCGGAGCUGUUGUCCCGCAACGGCGUCAAGUUCGGCGAGGCGGUGUGGUUCAAGGCCGGAGCUCAGAUCUUCAGCGAGGGAGGUCUUGACUACUUGGGCAACCCAAGCUUGAUCCAUGCACAGAGCAUCUUGGCCAUCUGGGCAUGCCAAGUUGUGUUGAUGGGAGCUGUUGAGGGUUAUCGUAUUGCCGGUGGACCCCUCGGCGAGAUCACUGACCCACUCUACCCAGGUGGCAGCUUCGACCCAUUGGGCCUCGCUGACGACCCAGAGGCUUUCGCCGAGCUCAAGGUCAAGGAGAUCAAGAAUGGCAGACUUGCUAUGUUCUCUAUGUUCGGAUUCUUCGUUCAGGCCAUCGUUACCGGAAAGGGCCCAUUGGAGAACCUGGCCGACCACCUUGCCGACCCAGUUAACAACAACGCCUGGGCCUAUGCCACAAACUUCGUUCCCGGAAAGUAUUAUAGGGAAGAUAUUGCACAAAUCCAAUUGAACACAUGGCAACACCCAAUUGGCUGCAGCAACAGAAGUACAAUGGCAGCUGCUACAAUGGCUCUCUCUUCCCCUUCUUUCGCCGGAAAGGCAGUGAAGCUCUCGCCUUCCACCCCCGAAAUCACCGGAAACACCAAGUUUAGCAUGAGGAAGAGCGCUGCUAAAAAUGUUUCAUCCGGCAGCCCGUGGUACGGCCCAGACCGUGUUAAGUACUUGGGACCAUUCUCCGGCGAGCCCCCAAGCUACCUCACCGGAGAGUUCCCCGGCGACUACGGAUGGGACACUGCUGGCCUCUCUGCUGACCCAGAGACCUUCGCCAAGAACCGUGAGCUGGAGGUGAUCCACUGCAGAUGGGCGAUGCUUGGAGCUCUUGGAUGCGUUUUCCCGGAGCUGUUGUCCCGCAACGGCGUCAAGUUCGGCGAGGCGGUGUGGUUCAAGGCCGGAGCUCAGAUCUUCAGCGAGGGAGGUCUUGACUACUUGGGCAACCCAAGCUUGAUCCAUGCACAGAGCAUCUUGGCCAUCUGGGCAUGCCAAGUUGUGUUGAUGGGAGCUGUUGAGGGUUACCGUAUUGCCGGUGGACCCCUCGGCGAGAUCACUGACCCACUCUACCCCGGUGGCAGCUUCGACCCAUUGGGCCUCGCUGACGACCCAGAGGCUUUCGCCGAGCUCAAGGUCAAGGAGAUCAAGAAUGGCAGACUUGCCAUGUUCUCCAUGUUCGGAUUCUUCGUUCAAGCCAUUGUUACCGGAAAGGGCCCAUUGGAGAACCUGGCCGAUCACCUUGCCGACCCAGUUAACAACAACGCCUGGGCCUAUGCUACAAACUUCGUUCCCGGAAAGUGAAUGUGAAUAGAGUUACAGUGUUCUUGUGUGAAGUAUUUAACGUACUGUUUUGGUGUAAUCGAAAAUAUGUGAAUUAUGUGCUUUUGGCGUUGGAUA